UUAAUUGCUGGAGUAAGCAUAUAAACUGCAGUACCUGAAGAACAGAAUCAGUUCUACUUCCUAAGAACAUUCACUGUUGAUUUGCUAGAAAUCACAUAUUUUUCUUUUGACCAACAUGUCUGGAAGAGGCAAAACCGGAGGAAAGGCCCGCGCCAAGGCAAAGACACGUAGCUCAAGAGCUGGACUGCAGUUUCCCGUCGGCCGUGUUCAUCGUUUGCUGAGGAAAGGUAACUACGCCGAGCGAGUUGGUGCUGGGGCCCCUGUCUACUUGGCUGCCGUCCUCGAGUACCUCACCGCUGAGAUCCUAGAGUUGGCCGGCAACGCCGCCAGGGACAACAAGAAGACCCGCAUCAUCCCCCGCCACUUGCAGCUGGCGGUCCGGAACGACGAGGAGCUUAACAAGCUGCUCGGUGGCGUGACAAUCGCUCAGGGUGGUGUCCUGCCGAACAUCCAGGCUGUGUUGUUGCCAAAGAAGACGGGACAAGCCGUCCCUGCUACUGGCAAGGCGGGAAAGAAGGCUUCUCAGCAAUCUCAGGAGUACUGAGCUGACGCCCUCCUGAACUUAAACCCAAAGGCCCUUUUAAGGGCCACCCAGAUCUUCCUCUAAAGAGCGAGUUUCGUGGAUCGAAGCCUUUGUAUUUCAGUCUGUAAUAAAGUAUCUCAACAUCA